AUGGCAACACAGCAGAUCCUUUUCGCCGAGACGGUGGCCGCUAUGAAGAAGGCACUCAAGCGAAAAGCAUACGAAUCCGACUCGGACGACGAGAUUGACUACUACGGCAAUCGUGGCCACAAGCUUCAGAAGCGCGCUCUCUUUUCCCACAAAGGUCAACUCGCACCACCUUCCGGUCCCGAGGUCUACAAUGAAGUAAUCGACUACGCCGGCCAGCAGCGCACAAUAAUAAGCCGCAAUCCUCCUAUCGUAGACGAGGAAGGCUACGAAAUUGACAGCGACGAUGACGAAGAGCGCAUUCAGGAGGCUGUCUCCUCGGCCACAGAGCUCGACCCUUACGCCAAUGUUCGAAUAGAACAGAUCCUAGCUCCCCUAACUGCCUCAACCGAUUUACCAACACACCCGACUCUAUCUAAACCAUUUACGGCCAAGACCCUAGACGAGAUCGCCGAGCAGAGCUGCGAUGUCAGACGCAAAGAAAAUGCAUCACUAUGGAGGGUCAGACAUCUCUUCACAAAGACUUGCGGCGACUACACAUGGGUGCCCUGUGGCACCAUGGUUGGUCCCGACGACGCCGACUUGUACUCGACAGACUACGUCGAACGCGGCUACCUACACAACACGAAAGCCACUACUGCCGGAUCAAUCGAGGACGCCUCCUCAGGCACAUUGAGUGGCGAUACGAGACCAGAACACGCGCCGAACGGCACGAAUGGCGAGGCGUCUGGAGAUAAGGAGAACGGAGAUGGGGACAUAACCAUGAAUGACGCCGGCUCAGACAAGGGGGAGGCUGCGAAAUCAGCGCCUGAAAAGUCGGACAAGGAGCCCUCACAGCUUGGAUUAGAGGCAUCCCAGGCGACGAAUGGCGAAAGCUCGAAGCCCAACGCACUCGUGUUGGCGACACACGGCGAAAGCAAGGUCGAUAAGAAGCAAAAACAAAAGGCAGUCGAUGUCGACAGGCACGAUGGCAGCGCAAUACCUCCCUCGCAGCCUGGUACCGACCUUGCUGGUCGUAACGGCACGCAUGCGCCGUCAAUGACGUCGGAAACGGCGGACGAAACCUUUGUCCACCCAUUCUUCCGGCCGCCAGCCAACGCUCGUCCAGACCGAGAUGUGGGUCUUCCGGAGGCAGAGGCCGAGGAUAUCCGGCGCCUUCUGGCUCUGUACGUGCAGAAGCAAGAGGAGGUCUGUCGUGGCGCUAUGAAGCUCCACGAAGGACUCCUCAAGGCCAAUCGGCUACGCAACACGGUUCUCGAAUGGUCCAAGUCGGAAGCGCACAGCGGCACCAACCGGGAUAUGUCUGACGGCGAGGACUGGUACGACAAGGAGAAAUGGGGCCUCUCGGACGAUCUUAAGAAGGGCCAGGACGACGAGGAAGAAGACACGAGUACCGUAGCCAAGAAGACUAGGAAUCGCAGGUGA